GCGCAGGCUGUGGUAUUUCCCUUUCCGUGGGACGGGCUAUAACCGCGCAUGCGCAGAAGAGGCUGCGCAUAAUUUUGGCUGUAAUGGAUGAAGUGAAUUCUCUCUGAAUUCAGGGCCGUGGAGGGUUUUAUAUCCACGAACAUCGCCCAAUUUCUAGUUCUGGUUGCUUCCCAGAGCCGCUCAAGUGAACUGGAAUCAAUUUUAACACAUAAAUAUGUGAUCAUUUCCGAUGAAUAUGAAACUACAGAGAGUUUACACUGAACAUUAAAGCGAAUAUGUGAACAAGAAGCAAGCGGGUCAAGUUUUAUUUUCAGUUAUGUGGGACAAUAUCCCUACACAGCGAGCUUUACUGUUUCAAAGCUCAGAAACCGUGUGCAAGGAGAGCUAAACGUCUGUUUAGGCUUUGAUAUCGAACAAGGAUAAACAAUCUAAAACAAGGACAGCCUGUAUUUUCUUCUUUCUUUUUGUCUUUUCGAGGAACGCUAGCUUAGCUAAAGCUAGCCGAGAAGCGCGAGCGCAAUGCGCUGCUUGAAGCACCCUGGAAACGACCAGUGAUGCCAUCGUGAAGGACAAUAUCGUUAAAAAAAUCUUUAUUUUUGUUUUUGGCUUUAUACUCUUGGAUCUAUUUCGACGCGAUUCGGAGAAGACACGGGACCGGGGAUGACUUGUGGAUAACCUCUGCGCGUCAAAUAGCGUGCGCAUCUUUGUUUUGCUUCACUCCGACUCUUCCGUCUGGCAAGAUUUCACACUUUUACCCAACACAGCGAUUUGUACUGUUCAUGUGCUGUCUUGACCACUUAGGUCCGCGUCUCCGGAGGACAGAGGUAUGCCUGGAUCAGACCGCCUGCAUGGGACCAAGAGGAAGGCUGAAUCGCUCUACCAUCAGCAGCAGCAGCAGGCGGCCGGCGGGGAAGGCCAGCCUUUGCACGCGGGCUCCGGUAGGCAUCCCACCAAGACGGCGAGCUCGUCCACUUCUUGCAAGUACAAACGAAACAAGUCCAAACACGAGGCCGAAACCGGCUCCGCGUGCGCUACCGCUGCGCCUCCAGCAGUGGGCGCCAUCAAGCCUCUGGUGGAGUACGACGACAUCAGCUCCGACUCGGACACGUUCCUGGACUCCCCCGCCACCGGGAAACCGGCGGAGGGCAGGGACGCAGAACGCUUAGAGCGGUCGGACUACGGUGAAGCGGGGGUUGCGAAAGAGAACAGGCCUCAUAAACACAAGCGCUCCCGGAAGAAGUCCAAAGACCCGCAUCGGGUCAGGGAGUCUGCGGAGAGGGCAGAGGGUGGCGGCUGCAGCAAGAAGGGCAGUAAAGACCGGGACAGAGCGAGCAAAGAGACCCGCAAGAAAGCGAAGGAGAAGUCUAGCUCAGCUGCGUGCCUUGCAUCCACAUCCAGACGCUCAGGUGAGUCAGGUAGCAAAAGGCCCGGCGACUCUCUCUCAUCAGGUGCGGUGCAGUCCGCUGUCAGUCUGAGCAGCAGCGCCUCCUCCGCCUCCUCCUCCAUCAGUAAGGAAAGUGGCCGCUCGUCAAAAUCGCGCAAAGACAAGCGGACGAGCGAGGAGCAUGAGGAGGACCGGAGCCAUCUGAAGGCCGCCAAGAGCCACAAGUCGAGCCCUAAAGGGAAGGGGCAGUCCAAGAGAAGCGCAGCGGACAGUCCUUCCGCUGCGGAACUCGAGAACAGCUACUCCUCCAAGCGUAGGGCUGCGAGCCCCAGUCCGUACAGGGAGCCUCCCAGGCGGAGCAGACAGAGGUCCGAGAGCCCUUAUCGGAGGAGGAGGUCCUCAAGCCCCGAUAAGGAUGGAAGCCCGUAUGUGAGCAGAAAACACUCACCUGGCAGUCCUUACGGCAACCGACGCUCAUCCAGCACCAGUCCAGUGUCCAGGCCUUCUCUGCGUUCCCGGAGCCGUUCUCCUCACUACUCUUCCUCUCGCCGCUCCUCUUCCCGUUCUCGCACUAAGAAACAUUCUUUAUAUUCCGGAGGAGCCAGUGGAGGCUCCUCCCACAGCAGUCGACCAGGCAGCCGCUCCCCUUCGUCUUCACGCUUGCCGAUCACCUCCAGCCUGGGGGCCGAGCUGACGCGAAGAAAGAAGGAACGUCAGGCGGCAGCCGCCAAAAACUCCCCCUCUCUCCGCCCCAACACAUCCAACGUCGCAAAUGCGCCGACGAAAAACACUGAGACACCGCCACUAGACACAGCCCCGCCCCCUGAGCCUCAAAGACCGCCCUCGCCACCUCCGAGCACUGAUCUGGCAGAGGAGCCCGCUGCGGUUCCUCCACCUCUCCCGUUAUCCAGUCCACCUCCGCUGCCUCUCUCAUCUCCUCCGCCUCUCCCGGCGAACUCUCCUCCUCCUCCUCUUCCUCUCUCAUCCCCUCCACCUCUUCCUCUAAACAGCCCUCCGCCUGCUCCUCCACCCUCAGCACCUGCUGCACCUGUUUCUUCUCGCACGAAAAGCCCCAAACAGAAAUCUACACAAAGUCCCGCACACACAAUUAAGACUUCCACACUUCCGCCUCUUCCCCUGCCGCCGGUUCUUCUGGGAGACUGCAGAGACAGUCCAAAAAAGAGCAGUCUUUCCCAGAGGUCAUCACGAAAGGACAGGGAGAAGGAGAAAGAAAGGGAAAAAGAAAUCAGGACACGCCUUCUCAGUGAGUUGCCCCUUCCUCCAGUACUUCCUGGAGGAGACCCCUCCCCUCCGCAGUCCCCCGCUCGAGAAUUCCCACUGCUUCUGCAACCAACCUUCAAGAAGAGACCAAAGAUUUGCUGUCCUAGAUAUGGAGAGAGGAAGCAGACUCAAACUGACUGGGGCAAGCGCUGUGUGGACAAGUUUGACAUCAUCGGCAUCAUUGGAGAAGGAACCUACGGUCAGGUGUACAAGGCAAAGGACAAAGACACAGGAGAGCUGGUGGCAUUGAAGAAGGUGAGAUUGGAUAACGAAAAGGAGGGUUUCCCCAUCACUGCUAUCAGAGAGAUCAAGAUCCUGAGACAACUCAACCAUCGCAGUGUUGUCAACAUGAAAGAAAUCGUCACUGAUAAACAAGACGCACUUGACUUCAAAAAGGAUAAAGGUGCAUUUUACCUGGUGUUUGAGUACAUGGACCAUGACCUGAUGGGGCUGCUGGAAUCAGGACUGGUGUCUUUCUCCCAUGAGCAUGUGCAGAGCUUCAUGCGUCAGCUGAUGGAGGGAUUAGAUUAUUGCCACAAGAAGAACUUUCUGCACAGAGACAUCAAGUGCUCCAAUAUCCUGCUAAAUAACAGUGGUCAGAUCAAACUUGCCGAUUUUGGUUUGGCUCGUCUUUAUAACUCUGAGGAAAGUCGGCCGUACACUAAUAAGGUGAUCACGCUGUGGUACCGCCCACCUGAGCUGCUACUGGGAGAGGAGAGAUACUCACCUGCUAUUGAUGUCUGGAGUUGCGGGUGUAUUUUGGGAGAACUCUUCACUAAGAAACCAAUUUUCCAGGCCAACCAAGAGCUUCUACAGCUUGAGCUGAUCAGUCGUUUGUGUGGUAGUCCGUGUCCUGCUGCUUGGCCAGAUGUAAUUAAGCUGCCGUACUUUAAUACCAUGAGACCCAAGAAACAGUACAGACGACGCUUACGGGAGGAAUUUGCUUUUCUGCCCACCUCUGCUCUUGACCUGCUGGACCACAUGUUGACGCUGGACCCCUCGAGACGCUGCACGGCCGAACAGGCCCUCGCCAGCCAGUUUCUGUGUGAUGUGGAGCCCAACAAGAUGCCGCCACCCGAUUUGCCUCAUUGGCAAGACUGUCAUGAGCUCUGGAGCAAGAAGCGGCGGCGGCAGAGGCAAAGCGGAGUGCCUGAGGAUUUCCCUGUUGCCAAAGUUCCCCGAAAGGAACCCGCAGGACCUUCAGGAGGAGAAAACAGCCGCCCGCCGCCGAGUCCACCACCCCCACCACCCUCAUCUGCCCAUCCUGCACAGGCAAACAUCACAGCCAGUGAGUUGGAAGGUUUGGGAGCCGCAGCGGAGCAGUUGAACCAGACCGAGCUGGCAGUGCUGCUGAACCUGCUGCAGGGCCAAACAGACAAUCUAAGCAUCCCGCAGAUGGCGGAGUAUCUCCGCAGCUCGUCCUCUGAAGCCUCCACGUCAGUGCUCUCCAGAACGCCCGCCGCCCCCUCCACCCCUGAACCGGACGCCGCGCAGCAGCUCGAACUGCUUAGUCAGCUCUCCACCUUAAUCCAGUCCUCUAACGUCCCGCAACCGGCAGAGAUCCCGCAGGAAGACCAGGCCGGUCUGCUCACGCUCCUGUUGGAGCAGCUGAUAAAGGGCCCAGCACCGGGGGCGGAGCGGGCAGACGAGAGCAACGGAGUCCGGCCGGACGAGGGCGCUGCGCGAGGCGGCUCCGCUUCCGUCAUGGGCGGCGAUCGCGAGGAUUCUGCAUUAGUAAAUCCAGAGGCAACGGGGACAAAGUCUGCAAAACACACUCAAGACAUUACAGCAGAUGUAGCGACAACCCUACUCCAGCUCAUCUCCCAGCAAGCCUCCGAGAGCAGACGUCCUGCUGCAGACCUGUGCCCCGGCCGGGGACCCUCCUCUCCCCCGAGCGCCACCCCACCGCCAGCUUCCUCUUACACCCCCUCGCCCGCAAGCGCUGCUCCGGAAACUCAGUUCACCCAGGACCAAGACCUGAGGAAAAAGUGAAUGUUGAAGGAACUGUUCUUGAAUGCGAAUGGAUGAUGUUCAUCCCUCCCACAGCGUUAUUUGGAGAGCAUCUUUUCCCGCGUCUCCGACUGUGACGGUCUGUGAGUUUUAGCCAUGUGUGAUUUCUUUGAGGGCUGCGUAAAUGUCUAAAUCAAGCUACUUUCUUUAGUGCUGUUGUGUGUAAAGCAAGAGACUCGAUCCGGCUUGUGCUACUUCAUCCUUUCUGAUUCCGUACAAAAGGCAUGAGGAAAACUUGAAGUCAUUUGCAGUACUUGAGUGAGGCCUUUGGUUUCACAGAUUCAUAUUAGCUUGUGCAAAAGAUGUGUUCUUAUUUUGAUUUUUGGUGGGUGGGGCGGGGGGGGUGUAUGUCCUCAUCCAAAUGUUGUUUUCAGGACCACAAGGUUUAGCAAAGUUCAUUUAAAUCGAAAGCAUCUUCAGAAAGACACUGAACUGACUUGAAUUUUAGCGCCAGAUUUGCCAGUUUUGAUUUGACUCUGCCAAGUGUACAUGUUGUAAACUGAUAAUAAAUGAAAAAUGUGGCCGAGUAAAA